AUGACUGAUCCCUUCCAGCUUCCAUAUAAGCAUUACCAGAGAGGAGAUGUAAUCAUUGGCGUGAUUGGAACUCAGUUUGCAUAUGUAUUGGAUGAAACAGCCUUCAGUGAAUACCCCAAAAGAAACUUCAUUGAUGAACUUUUUCUAGUACCAAAAACCUACCAGCAACUCCUGUCCAUGGAAUAUGCUGUAAAGGAGAUCAAUGAGAACCCAAUAAUCUUACCAAAUAUCACCCUGGGUUUCCAAGUUUAUGAAAGUUUUGCAAAUGCAAGGACUACUUAUCAGAACACCCUGAAACUUCUCUCCGGUUUGGAAAGGUUGGUCCCCAACUACAAAUGUGAUAAAGAGAAACACCUGAUAGCUGCCAUUGGGGGUCGUAGCACGGAUACCUCCCUUCACAUUGCUACGAUCUUAGACAGAUACAAGAUUCCACAGAUUGCCUACUGUGUCUUAGCUCCAGUGAUGAAUGUCAAGACCCAGCUUCCUUCCUUCUAUCGAAUGGUACCUAAGGGAGAACAUCUUUACAAAGGGAUUGUCCAGCUACUUUUGUAUUUCCAUUGGAUAUGGAUUGGGAUCAUAAGAUCAGAUGAUGAAAGCGGAGAAAAAUUUGUGCAGACCUUAAUACCGAUGCUUUUCCAGAAGGGAAUCUGCAUAGCUGUCACUGAAAAAAUGCCAGCCAUUUCCCAAGCUGUGGACAUGCUGAGUUCAUUAGAACCUCUCACCGCCAAGGGAAAUUCACUAAGUAGCCCCAAAGUUCAAGUGUAUGUUGUAAAUGCAAGAGCCCAGACCAUGGGAUGUUUGACAUGGAUGAUAUAUUUCUCUGGAGUAUUUGAAGGUGCAGAAGGUGUAGAAAAGAUUUCUAUUGGUAAAGUGUGGGUCAUGACAGCCCAAUGGGAUUUCUCAUUCCAAACGCUGCACAGGGCUUUUGAUAUACAAGUCUAUAAUGGUGCUUUGUCCUUUUCAAUUCACACCAGUGAAGUGCUGAGGUUUCCAAGAUUCCUUCAGAUCCUAGGUCCUAAGUUGCAACAAGGAGAUGACUUUUUUAGGGCCUUCUGGGAGAAUGUAUUCAGUUGUUCUUUUUAUGAUUCUCAUGAAAACCAGAAAGAUGUUGAUACGUGUACUGGCCAAGAGAAACUGGAGAGCCUCCCUGGGACUCUGUUUGAAAGGAGCAUGACUGGACAAAGUUACAGCACCUACAAUGCAGUACAUGCCAUAGCCCAAGCUUUACAUAAGAUCUCCACAUCCAACCCAAAACAUAGGGCAUUGAUUGACAGAGGUAUACUGAAACAUCCUAAUCUACAGCCUUGGCAGCUCCACCCUUUCCUGAGGAGUAUCUCGUUUAACAACAGUGCUGGGGACAUGGUGUCUUUUAAUGAGGAUGGAGAAUUAAUAGCUGGAUUUGAUAUAAUCAACUGGGUUACUUUCCCAAAUAAAUCCUUCUCACGAGUCAAAGUAGGAAAGAUGGAUCCAGAGACCAUAGAAGGCCAAGUGUUCAUAGUUUAUGAUGAGGCCAUUACAUGGCACAGCUGGUUUAAUCAGGCACUGCCACUUGCUCUUUGUAAUGCCAAGUGCCAUCCAGGCUACAGGAAAGAAAAGAAGGAGGGGGAGCCAUUUUGUUGUUACGAUUGCAUUCCAUGUUCAGAUGGGAAGAUUUCAGACCAGAAGGACAUGAAUGACUGUUUCCAAUGCCCUGAAGAUCAAUUUCCAAACAAGAACAAAGUUCGUUGCCUUCCCAAGGGCUUGAAUUUCCUCUCUUUCACAGAAUUUUUGGGGAUCACUUUCGUUGUCUUAGCGCUUUCUUUUUCUCUGAUCACAGCUUUGGUGCUGGGAAUUUUCAUCAAGAACCAAAACACUCCCAUCGUUAAAGCCAACAAUCGGGACCUCACCUACUCUCUCCUCAUCUCCCUGUUGCUCUGCUUCCUUUGCUCCUUGCUAUUCAUUGGUCGACCUCAGAUACUGAACUGCUAUUUACGACAAAUAACCUUCGGAGUGAUUUUCUCUAUAGUUGUUGCUUGUGUAUUGGCAAAAACAAUUACUGUGGUUCUGGCCUUCAUGGCCACCAAGCCAGGCACCAAAAUAAGGAAAUGGGUGGGGAAAAGACUGUCAAACUCUAUUCUUCUUGGUUGUUCCCUCAUUCAGGCCAGUAUUUGUGCUGUGUGGCUAUCUACUUCUCCCCCCUUCCCUCAUUUGGACAUGCACUCUCUGGCUGAAGAAAUCAUUGUAGAAUGUAAUGAAGGCUCAGUCACUAUGUUCUAUUGUGUCUUGGGCUAUCUGGGAUUUCUGGCAACUGUCAGCUUCACUGUGGCCUUCCUAGCCAGGAAGCUGCCCGAUACUUUCAAUGAAGCCAAGUUCAUCACAUUCAGCAUGUUGGUCUUUUGCAGUGUUUGGUUGUCCUUUGUUCCAACUUACCUGAGUACAAAGGGAAAAUACAUGGUGGCUGUGGAGAUCUUCUCCAUCUUGGCCUCUAGUGCAGGGUUAUUGGGUUGCAUCUUUUCCCCCAAAUGCUACAUAAUUAUCUUGCGGUCUCAGCUGAAUAUCAAGGAUCAGCUAAUUAGGAGAAAUUUGUAG